GUUUGUGCGAUAUGGCGGAACAUGAUUUGGUCCCCUUUUACGAUGGGCACACGGACACAAAAAUCGAGCAAGAUUUGCAAAAUUCAUAUUUGCGUACUCAGUUUAAGCGAUCACUCUACUCUGCAACCAUACGUCCGGCACUCGGUUACCUCGGGGAUGGUGUGAAUACGAUACAAGACAAGAUCCAUGAUGUGCUUUCUGGAGGCAAGGUGCACAAGAUCGCAACGGCAGACGAAACUGCCAUUUCUGCACAAGAGGCUGAAGUUUUCCUGAAGGGUCGUGCACAGCUUCGAGACGAUGGAGAAUUGUUCAAUGAGACUGUUGAUGAGAAAACACAUAAUUCAGAGAUGUUGGGCGAUGACUUAUAUGAAGAGGCAAUGUACGGAAUGGCUAUGACAACGGUUUUAGUUGAGCCGGAGCUGAACGCACAGUGUACAUGGCUAGGCCAGUUUCUGGCGACGCCGAGCGACACAGAAAUGAACAAGAAUACACAGAUCUACGUGGAUAUGCAUAUGUUUACACCUAGUGCAUCCGAUAAAUCCGCGAAAGCAAUGGCAGAAGGCCCUGGGGCAGACAUGAUGGCGUGCAUGUGGGACUGGUGUGAAGACUUUCAGGUGUCUAGGAUGUUGCGAUUAGCCUUCGACAUUGGCAGUAUAAACACACUAUGGUACCAAGUCAGCAGUGACAGCGGCAGUAGCGAGGCGGCAGUGCUCACUCUGGAAGUGCACGGCGAAAUCCAGACCAGCACCCGCAGAGUGAACUGCAAAACGACAACGAAGAACGAGUGGAGGAAAUUUGCAGGCAUGCCUAGUUGGGCGGACGCGGAAUUGUCGGCAAUUAAAUUGAUCUCACUGGGAGGAAAUUGCUCACAGGUGGAUAGGCUGGUCAGUGUACUGCUUGCCCUCGAUGUUACGCUGCGGGACAAAGUUUCGUAUGAUAGCCCACCACAACGGAACAUAAAUGAGAAAAACAGCGAAGUCGUGCGAGCGAGGAAAACGACGCCCUUAUGUGCAGCGUCGCAUACAAUCCCUCCUAGAUGUCAAUACUUGCCCACAGACGAAGUUCGCGAUGGUAUUCGUGACGAUGCAAGUGACUCGGAAAAUGAGUAUGAAUGGAGGCCGAACACUACGAAGUCUGAAAAUUCAAUGUCAGAAAUAAUGAGUAUAUUGAUGCGAGCUGGAUAUGAUCCGGAUCAGGAAUCGCCGAAAAGCUUUAUGGAGAACAGUGAUGUGAAUCCGAAUGACCUGCCAGAGGCCUGUCGAUUUAUGUAAUAUUGGAAAUGAACUCGAGCGAGUCGUUGACGACAUCUGUGAUUAAAAUCUAGAAAAUACAACCAG